AUGUCUUUUGACUUUGCAAAUAUGGAGCCACAUACAUGCCGUGCUAACCCCGCUCUUAGUGGGACCGUCAUGGGUGAAGGUGAACACUGUAUUGACGUUUCAGCAGCGAUAAUGGAAGAAGUGGACAGACUAGCGAACGAAACUACUAUGACGCAAAAGGAAAUUUGGCUUUCGAUCGUUAACAAAUUCUACAUGCUGGACGGACCUCCAGUUCGUGGAGUGUCAAAAGGAGCCGUUGAAAACCGAGUUCAAAACGCGCGAGGAAAGCGCAAGGACGGUGGCCCCACGAGGAUCAUUGAGAAGCCGCCACUGUCAAAGGUUAGCGGUGGCCACCGAGGCUUUUUUCAAUUUUAA